CAUUAAAUUGAGAAUACAGAAUAGGGGCAUUACAAGUAUUUUUUUUUUAAAUUUCUAUAUUUUUAGUCUGGGAAAUUUCAAGUUUUAUUCUAUUCUUUUGAAUUGUGCUCAUCAUGUGCUCACUUAAUUGUGCGUUUUUGCUGAUCAUCUUUAUGAUCAGCGGCUGUGCGGCGAAGGAUUUUAAGAUAUUCUGUGAAUACAAUUUGGCGUCUUUCGACUAUUUGGACGAUAGCAAGUUCAGUAGCUGGGAAAUCGAUCCCAGACUCUGCUCGUAUUUGGUCUACGCCAAUGGCGUGGGUGUGGAUGGGGAGACUGGUAAAGUGAAGAUCACGGACAGACAUGGAAUAUUAGAAAACGACCUUCUGAGCUUCGCUUCGAUGACUCGGAAAGAAAACAUUAGGCGUUUGCUGGUCACGAUCGGCGGAUGGCAAGAAGAGUCGAGCGACUUCUCCAAGAUGGCAGCGGACUCUCGCAAACGGGAACAGUUCAUAUCCUCGGUGAUCGACUUCAUAUAUGAGUGGCGCAUGGACGGCAUCCAGAUCGACUGGCGCUAUCCCACGCAGCGCGGCGGCAAGCCUGAGGAUCGGAAGAACUUUAUUUUGUUGCUCAAAGAGUUGAAGACGAUGAUCGAUGGGCAUGAAUUUAUUCUGAUGGUGGCAGUUUUGGGGCGAACGGACAAGAGCACCCUGGAAUACUAUGACAUUCCCAAAUUGGUCCAGCAUGUGCAUUAUGUCAACCUGAUGUUCUACGACAAUCGGGAUCCGUAUAAGAUGCAUCUCAGCUACAACGCCCCACUCUCUGGCAAAAAUGGCGUGAUUGAAUCCGUAAAGCUCUGGAAGAAGCUGAGCAAGGCGCCAGGGAAGCUGAUUCUGAACAUUCCCCUCUUCGUGCGCUCCUACAUUAUGGAAAAACACAAGACCACCGUCGGUUCUCCCUGCAAGGGUCCGGGCCUCAAGACAGCCCUGACCCGCAAGUCCGGCUUCAUGACCUAUAACGAAUGGUGCGUACAGGCAGACACGUGGACGCAGAAAUUUGACGAGCAGGCACAGGUGCCGUAUGCCUAUAGGGACGACCAUUGGAUCAGCUUCGAGAAUAACCGCAGCAUCACGGAGAAGUUGAAGCUGCUGAAGUCCCAAAAUCUUGGUGGCGCAAUAUCCUCUACAAUCGAUGCGGAUGACUUUUCCGGCAAAUGCGGAAAGAAACACGCCCUGGAACGGGUGAUACUGGAAACCCUGGACCCCCAGACAGUCCUGGUGGAUAUGGAGGCUCCAACAGAACCACCACCUUGUCUGAAAGAUGGCGUGUUUCGCGACAUUAAUGAUUGUCAGCUCUACUACGUGUGCUCAGCCGGCCAUCGAUCCGACUACGAAUGCCGCUGGCAAGAAUUCUUCGACGAGGCCAAGUCCGAAUGCAGGCCCAUGAAAGAGGUCAAAUGUGAGGUAUUGGAAGCCGCACUAAAAGAAAGAGAGUUACGCGCUAGAACCCGUUCUAUGUAGAAUUGUUUCAUCACGGAUGCUAAUACCUUUCCGCCAAAUUGAUUCUUAAAAUUGUGGAGUAGCCCACACCAUCCCAUACCAGAUACUGAGCAUAUUAUAUCUAAUAUCUGAAAGAA